AUGAGUACAAAAAGAAAACUAACAACCCUCACCUACGCUGAUAAAUUAAAAGCUAUAGAAGCAGUGAAAAAUGGAUUGAAAAGGAAAGAAGUUGCGGCUCAAUUUGGAAUACAUGAGAGUACAUUGUCUCUCAUCAUUAAAAAAGAAGCUGAAAUCUUGAAGAAACAAGAAUCAGGAGGAAAUCUUCAAUUUAUUGAAUUAUUAGUAGCCUCUUCGUCGGGUCUACGUUUAAUGCGUCUUAAGCGCGUUUAUGUUUUGAAAAAUACCGUAUCAAGUUCGGAUUCUAAUUCAGUUGCUGUUACACUAGCUUGUUCGAAAUCUACCAUGAACAGAACUCGAUGGAUUCUAUUAGUGUUAUGUAAAUUAUUAGUGUUAAAAAUACUGGAUGCCAAUAAUGAUAAUGAAUUAAAUAAUUUUAAUGAUGUUAAUGAUGAUAUUGAUGACUUUUUAAAUAAUGUAAGUGAUGAAGAUAGUAGUGAUAAAGCAAUACUAAGUGAUAAUGCAGAUGAUAAUGUAUUAAAAACAUUUGAUAAUAAAUUAAUACAUCCAACAUAUACAACGUUAAGAUCCACAUGCCAAUGUUGGAAUAUAACAAAAAAUCAUAAUUAUCACGAUAACAAUCAUAAAUAUUAUCAUGAUAAUAUAUUUAUGUUAUCAACGUUUGAAACGGAAUGUGUGUGUUUUGGUGAUAAAUUAUAUAAAAUACCAAAGUAUUUAAAUAAAUAUGUACAUCGUUUAACAAUUAUUGAUUCUAAUAUACGUGUUUUAACCAAGGACUCGUUACAAUUCUACAAGCAUACGUUACAAGAUUUAAUCUUGUCGAAUUUGAAGGAGUUGCACAGAAUUGAAAUCGGAACUUUAAGUGAUAUGAGAGCAUUAAGCUCAAUAUAUAUAUCAUACUGUCCUCACUUGAAACAUCUGGAUGGAUUAUUCGAAGGGUUCAAACCGAUGCAUUUUCGAUCAUUACGAAUCAUGAAGUGUGGACUUCAAAGAGUGCCAGAUUUAUCACCAUUAUUUCACACUGGAAUUAUUCUACAAAUGAUAGAUCUGGAAGGAAAUCACAUUCAAACAAUCCCUACAAACAGUUUUCAAGUAAAGGCAGAACAAAUAAUAUUGAAUUUCAAUCACAUCUCAUCGAUUGGCGAUUAUGCAUUCAAUGUGUCUGAAAUUGGAAAAUUGAGUUUCAAAGGAAAUAAACAUUUAAUACAUUUACCAUCCAAAACAUUCAGCGGGAUUGUGAACAUUCGUGAAUUGGACUUAUCAUUAACUGAUGUCAUCAGUAUACCAGUCGAUGGAUUGAAUACAUUGGAAACAUUACGUGUGGAACAUACACCAUCAUUAAAAGUGAUUCCAAGCAUAUACGAUUUUAAGCAUUUAAAGGAAGCGUGGCUAACAUAUUCAUUUCAUUGUUGUGCAUUUAAAUAUCCUGCACGUCAUGAUCCAACCAAACAUAAGAAUUAUCAACUAUAUUUGGAUCAUAUUCGUGAACAUUGUAAAGGAUAUGCUAUCAAUAAACGUGAUCUAUAUGAGAAUGAGAAUCAAAUUCAAUUACCACAAGAUACUGCUGACAAUAUUCUACCAAUCAAUGAAUUUUGGGGUGAUAUAAUCAGUAAUAAUUCAACUGAAAGUUAUCCUGACCCAAAUGGUCUAGAAGCAGCAGACGAACCAGAUUCAUUUGAAUCCAAUGUCGAUGGACAAUUUGGAAUGUUUCAUGAAUCAAUGACACCUUUCAAAAAUAAUACAUUUGCAUGUGGAACAUUAAGUAUAAGAUUCGAUGUAAAAUGUUAUCCAGAACCAGACGAAUUAAAUCCAUGUGAAGAUAUAAUGGGAUCACAAUGGCUACGUAUAUCCGUAUGGUUUGUUAUAAUUACAGCAAUUAUUGGCAAUUUAGCUGUUUUAAUUGUUUUAUUUUCAAAUUGUUAUGAUUUAACUGUGCAAAAAUUUUUAAUGUGUCAUUUGGCUACUGCCGAUCUGUUUAUGGGUUUAUACUUGUUAAUGAUUGCAUCUAUGGAUCUAAAAUCAAUUGGUGUAUAUUUUAAUUACGCAUAUGAUUGGCAAAUUGGAUUAGGUUGUCAAGUUGCUGGUUUUCUGACAGUUUUAGCAAGUCAACUGUCAGUAUUUACAUUAUCCGUUGUAACGUUAGAACGUUGGUUUGCAAUCACACAUGCUAUCUAUUUAAAUCGACGAAUUAAUUUAACCAUGGCAGCACAUAUUAUGGCUGCCGGAUGGGCGUACAGCAUACUAAUGGCUGCCUUACCUUUAUUUGGUGUUAGUAAUUAUUCGUCAACAAGCAUAUGUCUUCCAAUGGAAACAGAAGAAUUAACUGACACAAUAUAUCUAUUAACAUUAUUGAUAACCACUGGUGUAGCGUUUUUAUUAGUCGUUAUAUGUUAUGCACAAAUAUAUUUUAGUUUAGAUACCGGUACACGUAAAUCUGGACGAUGUGGAACAACAGCGGGUGCAAUGGAAAUGACUGUUGCACGUAAAAUGGCAUUACUUGUGUUUACAGACUUUGCAUGCUGGGCACCAAUUGCAUUCUUUAGUUUUACAGCAUUAAUUGGUAUUCCAUUAAUUGAUGUUACCAAAUCAAAAAUAUUAUUGGUGUUUUUUUAUCCAUUAAAUUCAUGUGCCAAUCCGUAUUUAUAUGCGUUAUUAACGGCACAAUAUAAACGAGAUUUGUAUAGUUUAUUAUCCAGGUUUGGUAUUUGUACCAAGAAAGCACAUCGGUAUAAAUUGACAUAUUCAUUGCAAACUACAAACAAUUCAAAUCCAAUUCCAUUGACCGUACGUGGUUCUUUAGCAAUUUCCACAAACGAUUUACCACGAAAAUAUAGUAAACCAUCUACAACGGAGAUCUUUGUUUAA